CCUGGUUUUUUUCUUCUUCUUCUUUCUCUUUCCUCUGUUAAAAGCACUUCUUUACCAACUACUUCUAACCCCCUCCUCUACUGAAUAUCAAAAUGUCUAAGAACGUCUUGACUACAUCCAACGGCAAUCCAGUUGAAAACAACCAAACCUCUCAAACUGCUGGUCAAUGGGGACCUGUCCUUCUUCAAGAUUUCCAUUUAAUUGAUAAGCUCGCUCACUUCGACAGAGAACGUAUCCCCGAAAGAGUCGUACACGCCAAAGGUGCAGGCGCCCAUGGUGUUUUUGAGGUCACUCAUGACAUCACCCAUCUCACCAAGGCCAAGUUCUUGAGCCACAUCGGUAAGAAGACUCCUGUCUUCCUUCGUUUCUCUACUGUCGGUGGCGAAAAGGGUAGUGCCGAUACUGCUCGUGAUCCUCGUGGUUUUGCUGUCAAGUUCUACACUGAAGAAGGUAACUGGGAUAUGGUUGGUAACAACACUCCCGUUUUCUUCAUUCGUGACCCUUCAAAGUUCCCUGACUUCAUCCAUACUCAAAAGAGAAACCCUCAAACCAACUGUGCUGACCCCGAUGCUUUCUGGGAUUUCUUGUCCCUUGUUCCUGAAUCUAUUCACCAAGUCAGCAUUCUCUUUUCCAACCGUGGUACUCCUGAUGGUUAUCGUCACCUCAAUGGUUACUCCUCCCACACUUUGAAGUUGGUUGAUGAUAAGGGUAACUUCAAAUAUGUCAAGUGGCACUUCAAGACUGACCAAGGUAUUAAGAACUUGAGUGCUCAAAAGGCUCAAGAACUUGCUGGUUCUGAUCCUGAUUACGCCACUCGCGAUCUUUUCAAUGCCAUUGAACGUGGUGAUUAUCCUUCUUGGUCCGUCUUUGUCCAAGUUAUGGAUCCCCAAGAUGCCAAGAACUACCGCUUCAACCCCUUCGACGUCACCAAAGUCUGGCCUCACAAGGACUAUCCUCUCAUCCCUGUUGGUAAGAUGACCUUGAACCGCAACCCUGAAAACUACUUUGCCGAAACAGAACAAGCUGCUUUCUCUCCUUCCCACAUUGUACCCGGUAUUGAUGUUUCACCCGAUCGUAUGUUGCAAGGCCGUCUCUUCUCUUACCCUGAUACCCACCGUCACCGUCUUGGUGCUAACUAUGCUCAGAUUCCUAUCAAUCAACCCCAAUCUCGCGUUGCCAACCAUCAACGUGACGGUGCCAUGGCUGUUCUCGGUAACGGUGGCUCUGCACCCAACUAUGAACCUAACUCCUUUGGUGGACCUUACCAAAACAACAUUGCUGCCACAACCUUCACCGCUGAAGAAGUUCAAGGUUUCACUGGUCGCCACAGCUACAAUUUGACUGAUGUUGACUUUGUUCAAGCUGGUGAUUUAUACCGUCUCCUCUCUCCUCAAGAGAAGACUGACUUGGUCAACAACAUUGCUGGUCAUUUGAAGAACGCCAAGAAACACAUUCAAGAACGCCAAAUUGCGCACUUCAAGCGUGCUGAUCCCGAAUACGGUCAACGUAUUGAAGAAACAAUCUUGACUCUCAGCUCUAAAGCUUAAAUUUGAAUUAUUAUUUAUUCCAUAUAUUUAUUCAUCUAUGAAAGAAAAGAAAAGCAUUAUUCCCUUUUGUUACAAAUCAUAAAUAAAGUUUCAGUACUCUUCAUGCGGUUUGGAUUUUUUUUAGAAGAAAAAAUUUUGUCACUUUAUAU